AUAUUUUUUUACAAUUUUUGUCUGUCUGUCUGUCUGUUUGUUCCGGCUAAUCUCUGGAACGCCUGGACCGAUUUGGACGGGACUUCCACUGGCAGAUAGCUUAUGUAAUAAGGAGUAACUUAGGCUACUUUUAUUUUAGAAAAAAAUCUUUUAUUUUAGAAAAAUAAAGUUAUGUUGAAAUGUUCAAGUACUGUCCAGUUCCGCGCGCAGCUCACGCGCAUGCCACCACUGUGUCGUCGCAUCGGACGCCUCCCACCAACGAAUCAUUAUCACAAAGGCUGCCUGUCGCGCGGGCUCCCCACCACUUCUCCCACCAACGAAACAUUAUCACAAAGGCUGCCUAUCGCGCGGGCUCAGAACGCGCGAGCGGGCUAUUGCUGAAGGUUGUGUCUCGACGACUUCAUUUAGAAAUUAAUGGUUUCCGGUGCUUUUAUCAUACUUUUGAUUGAUAGUUUGAUUUGAUUGAUAAGUAACUUUGAUAAUUCCACUGAUCCGUUCUUCUAAUCUCAUCUUAAUUCAUUCAAAAUAUUUUGUUACAUUUUUACUGCUUUUCUUUUUUUACAUCGAAUUCGCAGCUUCUUUAUUGUACGAAGAAAUACCAGGUUAUUAUACAUUUAAUAAACAAAAUGGAACAUUUCAACGGCGACGUCGAGGUACUCCUGUGGAAGGUCAUCCCGGCAUAUUUUAUGAGCAUACACUUGGGAGAAUCUAUACAAUUCACCCCAAUAAUCGGGAAUGUUAUUAUCUGAGGUUGUUAUUAACAUUUGUCAAAGGACCAACUUCUUUUGAAAGUCUCAAAUGGGUGAAUGGAAUUUUACAUCCUACAUAUCAAGCGGCAUGUCUUGCUCUUGGCUUACUAGAAGGCGAUAAUCAUUGGUUCGACACUUUAACAGAUGCCAGUAUAAGCAGCAACGCAUCUAAAUUACGAGAACUAUUCGCCAUUAUUUUAGUUUUCUGCAAUAUCUCUAAUCCCACAGAGUUAUGGGACAAGUUCAAGGAUCAUUUUACAGAUGAUUAUGUAAGAGAUUUCCAACGGCAUUACCCGAAUGCAGACAUAAAUUCUCAUUUAGACGUAUUUACAAAUAGAGCUUUGUUUGCAUUACAAGACAUUCUUCUUUCGAUAGGCGGCAAUUCUCUCCCUCAUUAUGGUUUACCAUCUCCACAAGCGACUGAUGGAAUUGAUGAAAAUUUAAACAAAGAAUAUAUUGAACAUACAAAUUUUGACCCAGUUGAACUUCAAAAUACUAUAAAUCAUAAUGAACCACGACUAAACGAUGAACAAAAUCAAAUUUACCGACUCCUCAUUGAUAAAAUAAAUGCAAAUGCUGGUGGAGUGUAUUUUUUAGACGCUCCAGGUGGUACCGGCAAAACAUUUUUGAUUAAUCUUUUGCUAGCCAAAAUACGUGCAGAAAAGAAGAUUGCCAUAGCAGUCGCAUCGUCCGGCAUAGCGGCAACCUUACUUCCUGGCGGAAAAACGGCACAUUCUAUGUUUAAAAUCCCACUAGAUUUAGACCGUACGGAAAAUCCAGUCUGCAAUAUACCCAAAAAUAGUCUCAAAGCCAAAGUACUACAAGAUUGUGUAUUUGUAGUAUGGGACGAAUGCACUAUGGCAAACAAAAUUUCUAUAGAAGCCGUGAAUAGGACGAUGCAGGAUAUUAGAAGUAAUAAUCUAUUAUUUGGAGGAGUCGUAUUCUUAUUCGCUGGAGAUUUUAGACAAAUAUUACCGGUUAUAAGUAAGGGUACGCGAGCCGAUGAAAUUAACGCCUGUUUAAAACGUUCAGUACUUUGGAGACAGUGUAAAAAACUUAAUUUAAAACAAAAUAUGAGAGCACAUUCAGCUGAUUCAGAAUUUAGUACAAUUCUUCUUGAUGUUGGAGAGGGAAAGUGUCCAGAAGUGAAUAGUAAUCAUGAUAUAGAACUACCUACCAGUCUUUGUCAGGUUGUGGCGGACACUGAAACUUUAAUAUAUAGUAUUUAUGAUGAUAUUCACAAUCUCAAUAUCAAAGAAGAUUCGUGGUUGUGUGACAGAUCAAUUUUAGCGCCUACGAACGACCAGGUUACUGCGCUUAAUCAGUGCAUUUUAGAUAAGCUAACAGGUGAAUCACAAACAUAUCUUUCCAUCAAUACAGUUUGCAAUCCGGAUGAAGUGGUUAAUUACCCAACAGAAUUUUUAAACAGUAUAAUUGUGCCUGGUCUACCCUCCCACAAACUAGAACUUAAAGUUGGCGUGCCCAUCAUGCUAUUGCGUAAUUUAAAUCCGCCGAAACUUUGCAAUGGUACUAGGUUGCGAGUAGUGUCGUUGCAAAGAAACGUUAUAGAAGGUCGUAUAAUAUCCGGAUGCGGCAGAGGUGAAAUAGUAUUUAUACCACGGAUUCCUAUAAUACCAUCAAAUUUGCCAUUUGAAUUCAAAAGAUUGCAAUUCCCGAUCAAUGUCAGUUUUGCUAUGACAAUCAACAAGUCCCAAGGACAAACGUUAAGUAAAGCUGGUAUAGAUUUAACAAAAGGUUGCUUUACCCAUGGGCAACUAUACGUGGCAUGUUCACGUGCGAGGAAUGCCAGUAGCGUUGUUGUUUUAGCCCAAGAAAAUCGUACACCAAAUAUUGUAUAUAAAGAAAUUUUUCAAUAAAGCUAAUACAAAAAACUGAAAAUAAAUGAUAACUAAAAUAAAA